AGGAAAGCAGGCUGAAUACGAUUACAACCAAAUUUACAUACCCUUAAAAACAUUUUAAUUGUCUUGUAAAACAUUAAAUCAGCUUAAACUUUCCUUGUUUUAGUAACCAGGGAUACCUUUGGAGGAAAAAGAGGAACCCAACAAGUCAGGUUGAAAUCCAUGUCAAAGUAUUUGACCGUUGAGGUCGCCAUGGCAGCGAGCCAGCGGAAGAGUGGGCGGGAACCUUGUCGGCUUCUCUCUGAUUGGUCAGUCGUCUGGCUCGUCUCUUCCUCGUCGGUGAGCCCAUUGAGAGCGGUCCCAGUCCGUUCAUGUUAAAGCGACCAGCGCUCUCGUGCCUAAUCAACCCUCUUCUUUCUCGCACGAUGACAACUAUGCAGGAGACAAAGGAGCUCUUCAGGAGAGCAGAUGCUGUCUGCUUCGAUGUGGACAGCACGGUCAUCAGAGAAGAAGGCAUCGAUGAACUGGCCAAGUUCUGUGGGGUGGGGGAUGUGGUCAGAGAGAUGACUCGUAAAGCCAUGGGCGGCUCGAUGACGUUCAAGAAGGCCCUUACUGAGCGUCUGUCCAUCAUCCGGUGUUCCAGAGAACAAGUAAACAAACUCAUAACGGAUCACCCGCCUCAGCUGACUCCAGGCAUAAAGGAGCUUGUGGACCGUCUGCACAAGCGCAACAUUAAGGUGUUCCUCAUUUCCGGCGGUUUUCGCUGCAUCGUCGAACACGUGGCUUCUCAGCUAAACAUCCCCCUGCACCACGUCUACGCCAACCGACUCAAGUUCUACUUUAACGGUGAAUACGCCGGUUUUGACGAAACUCAGCCCACAGCUGAGAGCGGCGGCAAAGGAAAAGUGAUAAGCAUGCUGAAGGAGCAGCACGGCUUCGAAACGGUGGUGAUGAUCGGAGACGGAGCCACUGACCUGGAGGCCUGUCCCCCAGCGAAUGCUUUCAUUGGAUUUGGUGGGAAUGUCGUCAGAGCUCAAGUCAAGGAGAAAAGUUCCUGGUAUGUGACGAGCUUCGAUGAGCUGCUCAAGGAGCUGGAGAAGAUUUAAAUAUGCUACAGGAGUUCUGUUACUGAUUUAACCUUUUAUAUAUUUGCACCCAAAGGUGUGCCAGUCAAGCUUUUUAUCCAGUACACACUCAGCAGACUUUUUUUAUGAACAGAAAUAUUUACACUAGACAAACCUCACUUUAAUGUUGUCGUUUUUUUUGUACUAAGAAAGUAACCAAACACUGUGUGAGUGGACAUUAACGUUUUUGUGUUUUUGCACUUUUCACAUCAGAAUCCGAUAACUUGUAGGCAUUAUAUAACGGCAUGUGCAAUGAGAACUGUACUAGCAAUGUGUUCAGUACUAAGAGAACUGUAACCUGACUUGACUGUCAAUAACUGUGGCGACUUCAGUCCUUUAAGGAGAAUCCCAAUUAAAGACCAGAAGGUGCUGUAAAGAAUGUCUGAAUGAUUUUUAAUUUCUUUCCAUUCUCUCCUUAACAUUUAUUCUUAAAAACAAAAUGAUAAAUGUGGAUUCCUUAAUGAUAAAUCAGCCAUUAUUACAGUACAACGCAGCAUCCCUCCUACCAGAUUCACCCGACCGCUGAUGGAAAACAGGUUUCCACGUUUUUUCUACACAGUUAAGAAAUGUUUGAUUAAAAACAGACUUUUGAAACCCCGCAUGCCGUCUCAACAG